UUCGAGGUAUCGAUAGUUUCUUGGUUGGUCGCAGUUGGUCGUAGUUGACUGCUGUUAUUCUUCAAUGAAAAUCAUAUGACUUGUGAGGGCGUAACAAUAUAUCAGUAGUGAUACGUUCCAUGUUAGGUUACUCUAUACAAAAGUAAGAAAAAAUAAUUUCAUUUGAAACAAAAUGAAGAUAUGUGGACCUAAAUAUGCCUUAUGUGGCUUAAUAUUAUCUGUCUGGGGUAUAUUUCAACUACUACUGAUGGGGAUAUUCUUCUAUGUUAAGAGUGUAGCUCUAGUAGAAGAUCUUCCAUUAGGAGGAUCUUUUACCGAUGUUAAGGAGUUCUAUGCUGAAGCAGACAGAGGCUAUACACAAAAUGCGUAUAAUUGUUGGAUAGCAGCCUGUAUUUAUGUUCUCACAUUCCUAUUUUCAGGACAUCAAUUUUACAUAAAUUCAAGAUCAUCUCUUAGCGUUUAGAAGAAUAUUAAUAGCAUGUUGUACAACGUAUAAGAAAUAUGUAUAAAGUUAUAAAAUAAUACUGUAUUGUAAACAAAAAAGUCAUGUUUAGAAAUAUUCUAGAUCAUGUUUAAAAGUAUGUUAUAAAUAUUAAUAACAAAUUACAUGAUAACGAUGAUACAGAUAUCUUAUUUCAAAUUUAGCGAUCUUAAAAUAUACAUUUUAUGCUUUCUUUGUUUACGCAUACAAAUUGCAUACUUUUAGUUUUAGACAUCGUACAAUCAAUAAAAUAUGAUAAUUACUAUUAUUUCAUAUUAUCGUUAAGUGUAUAAAAAUGUAAAAUUAUAUUAAUUGAAUUUAUUUUCUUCUAUGA